AUUCUGAUUUUAGGAGCUGACUGGCUGCAGGGUCCACAUGUCUACGCAUUAUUUUCCAGUUAUGGAAUGACAUCCAAGCAAAUCAACCAGCUUUUUGUGGUAGGAUUUGGUUCCUCCAUGGUUUUUGGUACAGUUUUGGGCUCGUUUGCUGAUAGACUGUGAGUUUGUAAUUCUGGUUUGCCCGCAUUAUUCAUAUUUUGUCGUCUUGACUCGUAUAAAGAAUAGUUUGUUAUUAUGCCUAAACUUUUCCAUAUCAAAACUCACAGGGAAGCAAACAUUAUUAGCUAGUGCAGCUGUCAGUUUCUCCUGCUCUUUGAAGAGUAGGGUAAAUAUUGCUUGUGGAGACUUAGUGAAAUUCUAUAUUUUCUUUUACAGAGGAAGAAAAUUUAAUUGUAUUCUUUAUGGAGUGCUGUAUGGAGUGGAUUGCCUGUCAAAGGUAUGGCGACAUUGGCUUGGUGAAACCAAUUUUAUUAAGGAUACUUUAUUUACUUAUUUGCCAUAAUUAGACAUGAUGGCGCAGUUCAGCCCAAAAGCCGGCUGAAUGGAGGCCUGCAUAAACAAUAACAAGGCCUGAGACUACAACACUGGGAGCCAUGUUCCCCAUUCCUGGAGAAGUAAAUGGGUUCUUAUAUGUCCCCUGCUAACCAGUACAGAGAAGGGGUCAGAGAUGGGGUCAACGGUUUAUUGUCCUAAUCUGAGAAAACUAGAAUAACUAGCUAUUGGCAGAUGUCACAGCAAAGGCAGUGCAUUCCCCACAAUUAUUUUAAGACCCUGAGUGUUGGUUUGUCGGUUUGAAGCUUGAACUGUCAACCUCUCACACAGCAGGAUAGAGAGUGGUAGAAUGGCUUGGGCAUUUGAUGCAAAUGGAAAUGCUGUGGAGUUGAUUUGUCAAAAAGUCUUGGUAACUUAACAGGCCAAUAACCUUAAUCUUAAAUCUAAAUCUCACAAACAGUAGUGGACCGUUGGAUAAUUGACACAAAAAGCCAGGAAACCAUCAAUCAUAUAAUCAACAAGUUUAUUUGAAGGAAUUAUUUGAUCUGAAACAUACAAUUAAGCAAUAUAAUAUGAAACAUUCAAGUAUUUACAACACCGAUUAUAAAAGUGGAUAAUAAACCAACAGUACAAGCUAAACUAAUUGAAACUUACUUCUGUCACCAGUUUCCCGUUAAAUUGAUCAUUUGGUGUAACUUUUAUAAAACUGGUUAGCAAACACGUGUAAGAACUGAACUGAACUGAAACCUAAUGAACUUGACAUAUGAAACAAUUAAAAGUGUCAAUUACAUUGUUUGUGAUCAUUGUCAAUCAUUAAUAAUAUUUUGUCACCGUAACAAGUAGCAAUUACUGGUUUUAAGCCAAUCCAUUUGUUGGGCUGGUAUGGAGACCUUACAGUUUAUUUCAUUAAAGUUUAUUGCACCUCACAAUUAUACUUAAUAUUAUUAAGGGGGAUUGUUAUAAUCUAAUUUUUUCAGCAUGUACCCAGUUACUGGGUGUUGUUGGUUGGUCGUGUAGCCGGUGGAAUGGCGACAUCCAUUUUGUUAAGUGCUUUUGAAUCAUGGGUAGUCUGUGAACAUGACAAGGUAUUGUUGGGAAUUUUUGUCUGAAUGUAAGUCUAAAUAGAAUCAUAUUUGAAAUCUUUUCGGCUGUGAUUAUUAAACUGUGGGUCUGUGUCCUGGUCUCUCUUUGCAAAUUUAAGGAACUAAUGUGAAUGCACCCUAUCUAAUAAUGAAACCAGGCCAUCCUUUAAUGAAAAACUUGAAACUUUCUAAUAAAGGUUGAAUUUACUUGAUACUGAUGUCCAGAGUCACUGAAGUGGGAGAUUUAUAAAGCUACCCAGGAGACUGGAAGAUUCAUCCAAGCUAUCUGAGAGACUCCCAGAAAAUCUAAGUGAUUUGGCAUACGUGGGAAAAUUAUACUAUGCUCAAGGAAAUCCUUACCCCCUCACCCCCUCACCCCUUUCAGAAAAGAAAAUAUUGAUUGUGACUCAAAAUGUAACUUUUUAUUUCUUAACAAGACAUAUAGAGGAGUAACCCGAUUUAGUAUCCAUUUUGUUUCAGGGAGGAUUUAGUAAAGAUUUGCUUAGUGACUUGUUUUCAAAUGCCUUUCUGGGGAACUCCUUGGUUGCCAUUGUCUCAGGCCUGGUUGCUCAAGUCUUUGCGAGUCAUUUUGGUUUUAUGUAAGUUUAUCUCAGAAGCUUAACAGUAAGUCUGUUGGACUCCAGGUCCAAUGUCUGGGCUUGAGAUCUGAGGGGGGAGGUAGUUGGGGGUGGGAUUAUUGGGGGGUUAGUACCUCUCUCCACUCAGGAUUAUAAAUGGGAACCAGGAGACUAUCAAGGAAGCCUGACAUAAUGCCGGUGUAGGGGAGGGGGAGGGGCGAGGUAACCUGGAUGGACUUAAGCCUCUUAACUAAGAAUCAGGGACAGUAGGAAUACUCCUCAUUACCUCAUGCCACAGCUGUCUGGAUAAGGUCUGGCACACUAUGGCAAGUUGACUGCAUACCUCACUUUUAUCAAGCUGGGAGUAGCCAGAAGGGUUUCCUGUGGGGUGUGGUCAGAAAAAUCAAGGUUUUUCCACCAAAAAUUUGAUUGGGCUGUACUUUUUUUGAGCUUGUCCUACCUGUACUUUUAUGGUCUAUGUGUUUUUCCAGAUUCUGGAUUUUGUAUCCAAAUAGUCAAAUGACUUAAAAAUUAAGUUCUUAUUGUGUUGCUGGUAUUUAUUAUUUCUGAUUAGCCUCCCUUACAAAGUUUUUAUUUUGCCAGUCUUUUUAUUGGUUACCAGUAUAUUUUCAAUCAGUCUGUAAUUGAAAUUGCUGUACAGUGGUGCAGAACUGUAGGAUUAUGUGCUCUGUAUUAACCUUUUACAGCCUAACAUCAGUACACAUAGUCUCCAUACUGUUCUCUACACAUUUCCUUAGGUGCUGACAAGGAGAAUUAGCUUAACGAUCCAGAGCGUCUGUAGUUGUUGAUCAUUUCUAUUAUUCUCAUGACCUUAAUGUGUGAUUCAGGCUUGAUAUUGUAGGGAGAAAUUAGAUGCUAGUCACUCUUAGGGUUAAAGGGUUAAGCUUAGUAUUUUCAUUCUGAUAAUUGCUGAUUGUAGUUAAGCCCACAUAACAUUGCUUUGCUCUCUGUCAUUGCUCGGUGAUAAAAGUAAUGGUGAUGUUUUAUACUGCUGUCAAGCUUCAGCAGCCACAUGUACAUGUAGGUUAUACAAUUGUCCUAAAUCACAUUAAGCUCUGAACAGUUUAAUGAUAAAGAUAUCUGUUCACAUUGCAGAGCUCCAUUUAGUCUGUCAUUUGUACUGCUGGUCCUUACAAGUGGAAUUAUCUGUUGCUGUUGGACAGAAAACUAUGGAAAUAUUAGCAGUGAUACAAGGCUCUCUGUAAUUUGGCAAGGAAUGCAAGUUAUUAGACAGGGUCAGUAAAAGAAGAUGAAUUUAAGAUUCACUUGUAUGGUUCUCUCUGUAGUAUGAUUUAUCAUUCAUUUGGUUGUGAGUUGUCAUCAAAUCUUCUUUGUUAUCAGAUCCAAAAGUUUUUUGCCUCGGACUGAUACAGUCUUUGUUUGAGGGAUCGAUGUACUCUUUUGUGUUAGAAUGGACUCCAGCUCUCACUCCUGGUAAGUUAUCUCAUAAAUAUGACUAAUACUUAUCUGUUGGGGAGGGGGUGGGGAAAAGAUUACAUUUCCGAGAAAGUCUGUACUCGAGCUAAGUGGCCCACCCAGCCAGAGCUUAUCUCAGUUUCCUUAGCAUGAAGAGACCAGGAGUAUUGCUACUCCCCCUUGGAUGGAAUAAUAGUCCAUUGCAAGGUUACCCCCCCCCCCAGAAUUUUAUCUGAAUGGAGAGAGGCACUGCAAAAGUAAAGUGUUUUGCCAAAGAACACAACAUGCUGAUCCAACAAAGUCUUGAGACCGGUCCUCUCCAACCAGAGUCCAGUGCAUUAAUCAUUAGGUUACCAGGUCUCCCUCUUUAGAGUUACUGUAAUACAAUAAAAAUUAAAUAAUAUAACACAAUCACAAGAUUUAAAACAGCUGUCAUUUUUACUCUGUGCAUUGUUUUGAGAAUUUUUAGAUUCAGGAGUAGGCAUAAAUAAUGUUGACCAAGACAACAUUCCACAUGGAUGGAUAUUUGCUUCUUUCAUGGUAAAGUAAAGAAUUAAUGGAUGUAACUGUUAAGAAAAAUUUUAUAUUAGACCAAUAAGAAAUUUUUGUGUGAUUAUGAGUUGUAAAAGAGAGGAAAAAGCACAGACUGCUCCAAUACAAAAAUUAAAAAAUGCUCAAAUUUGAAGAAUUUCAUCCUACCCCUAAUUUUCAGUUUCUGUAUCAUGAAUAACUUGUGUGGGAUUUCAUUUGGUGUGGUUAAAUGAGGUGAGAAUUCACACUCCAGAAAGACUUUUUUUUAUGUAAAAAAACGUUUUUUGUUGUUCUAGGUGUCUGUAAUGCUUGGUUCACAUGUCUUUAAGUUACUCUCUAGAGUAACUUCUGUGGAGUCAUUUUUGAGGUACAGUGCACAGUAGAAUUGUUUCCAUUACUACUUUUGGUUUAGCCUCUGAGCUUGAGACCCACCUCACUAAACCUAUUAUCAAGGCUGUGCUCUAGGAAAAUUUUCAGGGCGCCCGAAGGGCGCCUAACCAUGACAAGUAGGUCGCCCAGGUCGCCAAAUAUGGUGCUGAUAAACAUCUUGCAUGCCACGGACGAAGCUAAUUAAAUAAACACAAAUUAGCAUAGAGGAAGGUUUCGUUUUAUUAAUCAAGCGCUCCACUAUUGAAACUGUUGAAACACAAAAUCAUGUGAAACAAUAUUACAUAACACACGCGACAACUUCUUCUUGUUGUCCUGCCGAAUAUUUUUUAGUUCUGCAAAUGUCAUCAAAUUAGCAAGUAAAAUUAUAAAAUGUUAGUUACAAUCAGUUGCUCGCUUUAUCGCGUCGUUCAAUGGACAAGAAACCUGGGCCAUGUACUAUAUUAAUAAACCGGAAGAGAAACCACCGAAGCGAAGCAAGACCCAUGACCUAACUUAAUAUUUAACCUAAAUGUACAGAUCACGCAGGCUAUUGAUUGCACUGCGCUUUCAGCGCUUUUGCUUUUCGGGCUAACGGGAGCCGGGGAGCACGAUGGAGUUUCUUUAUGUUUCGUUCCGUUCCGUUUCUACACGUUUGCUGGUUUCGUUUCGGGUUUCAUACAAGCCGAAAUCUAUGCGCCCGGACGGGCGACCGCUUUUCUUUUUCAGUCGCCCGAGACCAAAUGUUAGUCGCCUGAGGCGACCGGGCGCCCCUAGAGCACAGCCUUGAUUAUAUAGGGAUCUGUAACCCUUUAUCUCCCAGAAGUGGUAAACAGGUAAUGUCUCCAUAUAUUAUCCAUGAAUUAUCCACCAAAAAGGUCAUGGGAAAUCUCAAACUUAUCAGGUUGAAGUUAUCUUGAUCCAGCACCAAAUUCUUCUAAAUGAUUUACAAGGAAAUGUGUAGCAGCUUGACAGGAGAAUUAACAAUUGGAUCUUGGUUUAGCUUGUGAGAAACCUUUAUUAUUACUGCUUGGCAUAAUUGUUUCUUUUCCAGCAGGAAAGUAUGAGGCCUUGAAUAAUGCAAGCUGGGGGGAGGCCUGCCAGGGGAAAUAGGGCCAGACCCCUCUUAAACCUCUCCUCGACUCUUUUCAAAUCUACCUGCAGGCAGAGAAAUACUUUCCUGCAGUGUUGAUAAUGAUGGGCUGCUUGCUAGCUACCUUUUGGUUAAGCAUUACAAUACUUAGGUUGAGAUCCACCUCAGUAAAACUUCUAUAUAGGGGUCUGUAACCCUUUAACUCUCAGAAGUGGUAAAAAGGUAACUUCCCUUUUAUUAUUCAUGAAUUAUCCAUCAAACAGGUAACGAGAAAUCUCAAACUUAUCAGGUAGAAGUUAUCUUGAUCCAAAACCAAAUUCUUCUAAUUGAUAUACAAGGAAAUGUGUAGUAGGUAGAGGGGAGAAUUAAUAAUCAGAUCUUUGGAGUUAAAAGUUUAAGAUGCUAGUGACCCUUGAAGGCUGAAUGUGUCAAUAUGAUUGAAAGGUUUGAAAACUUCAUAGUUUAAAGUUCAAGUAAAACAAAAUUAAAACAAAAUUAAUAAAUAACAAACAAAUAAUUCAGCAGAGUGUGAUGGAAAUGAAAAAGCCUUAAGAGAUGUUGUAAUAAAGUAUCCAAUAGUAUGUAAUACAGAUGUAUAUGUAUGCCAGUUGCAUUAUUUCUAAGAACCAGUUUGAGGUGGACACUAGCAAGAGUUGCAUGGAUUGAGGUGUAACACAUUUUUCCACAGACCUGUAUUUGGAAUGGCAGCCCUGUCGUUGAUCACUCCUAUAGUUUUUUCAAAGGUUUGUUUACAGUUCAGAGUAGUGUAACCUGUAAAUGGAGAACCAACCUUGAUUGAAGGCAAGCUGUUAACCCUUUCACUCCCACAAGUGACCAAGACAGAAUUUCUCCUUACAAUAUCAAUACAAUAUCAAGCAGGUGGGUGAUGAGAGAAUAGAGAAGAAUAUCAAUAAUGGGAUUAUUAGUUGAUCCAAUACCAAAUUCUCUGAACCGACAUCAUAAGAAUUGUAUGGCAGAUAGUAAGGAGAAUUACUAAUUAGAUCUUGGGAGUGAAAGGGUUAAAGAACUGUUAAGAGGUGUUGACUUUUUUGUUAUCUUAAAUUCCCUCCUCACUACUUACAUCUACAUGUAAGAGGCUCUUGAAUUUAUGAGUUAAAUUUUAUUUUUUAUACCCCAAAUCUUCAAUAUAUUCGGGAAAUUUUUUUAAAAGCAGGAAAGUUUAGCCCAAAAGUAAUUGAGUAUCGAAGACACCAAAAAAAGGCUUAAGAUAGCAAAAUUGCCUCAUGUGUUUUGGGACAAUUUUUGAUAAAUGUUUGUGUAGCUGACAUGUACGCUUGCUGCCAGAAUAAAUCUGGUUCUGUUGUCCAGCCUAACAAAAUAAUGUUACCUCAAAUUAUUCAAGUAAGUUGCAGUGAUUUCUUUUAUUGAAAAGUAAUGUUUCUUCAUGCCAUGUUGAAUGGUGUCCUGUUAAAAUCAACACAUUCUCUAUGUGUUACUCUGUUACUAGAAAUGAAAGGGUCCUCACUUGCCCUCCUCGUUGAGUACCUUCUUGCCUGGAGUUUAUGGAAAUUGUAUUCUUACUUUUAAUUGUAUGAUUUCUGUAAGAUUUCAAGUUUCUUUUCAUUUCCAUCAUGUAGAACCAAUCUGUUGUUUUUGUUGGAUUCUUGGUGUUUGAGUUUUGUGUUGGUAAGAUAUUGAUGUAACUCAACUUACAAAUAAAAGAAAAAUCAAGUUUUAUCUCCACUCGGCUUCUGGUUUGUGGAGGAAUGGUAAAAUUUACUAUGGAUAAACUCUAACAGGCAAAAACUGAGAAGGGUACAGUACCCUACCAUCAAAACCUGACCCAACUUAGUACCCCAAAAAAGUAUUUCUCUCCCAUAACAAGCAUGCUUGUGGUGCUUUAAGCACAACAAGAAUCUUGUGUUUUUCUUUUUGUUUUGUCUUGUCUUUUCUUUCUAAGCUAAUCAGGAAUAGGUUUUUCUUUCCCAUGCUCCAUAAAAUGAAGGAAAACUCGUGCCGCCCUCUCGACCAAUCAGAUGCAGAGCUAAGUACUUAGUCCUUCGCGUCUGCUCGCGGCUGAUUGCUUGAAUUCACUGCGAGUUUUCAUUGGCCUCUGAAAUUUUUCCUUAUUUUGAUUGGCCAUUGUCAUUAAUUUGGUUGUGGUUUCCUUGACACUGCAAAGAAAAACAGCCCAUAAUUUUUAAUUAGAAGGAUACCACUAAGCUUGUCACAAUUCAUUAAAAUGGCAAUUUAUGUAUGUUUCGCUGAGCUAUGAUGUCAUAGCUUGUUGCCUUUUUUUUUUUCUUGAAGGAGUCUUCUGGCCAGCUAUGGGAGUGCUGAGAAGUAAAUACGUCCCUGAAUCAGGUAAUCGUUAUUUAUCUUAACUUUUGGAAGCUUUUUUUAAAAUUAUUUUUGAGUUUGACUUUAGAGAAUCAUAAUUAAGUAGGUAAAGCAUCUUGAUGGAAUGAUGUAUGUGUUGGGAACCCGGAAGGAAAGAUAUUCAAUAAAAAUUUCGUCGAAGGGAGAUAUUUGGUUCAAGUAACAAACUCGAUGUUAAUUCUCUUCUUGACUUGUGGUAUGGAGUUUACGAAUCUUUUCCCAAAAUUUGACUGUCAUGUUUUUUUCUUUAUUUUCAGCUCGUGCUACUGUCAUGAACAUAUUUCGUGUUCCUUUAAACCUUAUCGUCAUCACUCUUCUUGUUCAGGUUUGUUUGCGCGCUCUGCAAUGAAUCAGCUAGUUGUUUUUCAAUCAACACAGAUCUGCGGUUAUCUACCGAUUACAUUCGCAUCAAGCUGUGCGCAGGUAUUUUUUUAUUUAACAAAAUCUAUAGACUGGAUUGUUGUUUAAGGCAAAUUUUCCGGCUCGCGUUGCUCAAUCUACAUAGAUCCGAGAUUAUCUACCGGUUACACUAGCAUCAAGCUAUGUGCAGGUGGUUUUGUAGAAAGUAUAGAGACUGUUGACGGAAAAUUUUCUAAUUUGGUUCCUUAAAUAGCGACUACUUUCAUCUGAUCAGAGAAUAGCGUAAACUGUAACCGUGACACGUGAAUUCUGUGACCUCAGAGCUUCUCAAAUAUCUCAUAAUUUUAAAAUACAACGGUUAAAUGUGAUAGAGAGUUACGUGUGCACAGAUUUAAAAUUCAUUAUCAACUGGGUCGUUAGCGCUGCCUGACACGCUUUCUCCACUCGCGGAAAGAUUUGAAACAAGUCGGGGAGAGAUUCACCGGGGGUUUGGCACUCAUUGUCAGUACCAGACCCCGUGUAGUCCUCUCGUCGGAUCGCGUUGCUCAUACUUUCCCGCGGGCGAAGAAACACUCGUGCUGAUGCGAUGAUAACAAGGGUCUGCUCGAACGAUUAGAGUUAGAGUCCAUGCCUUUCUCCACGUUGUGGUGGUUACCUAAAUCUUUGUCUAAAGAUGAUCCCCUAGCAGAGAGGAAGGUUCCCUUUAUAAUAUUGCCAUUUGUGCCCCGAUGUACUUGAAGCAAAUACGUUAUAAACGUUUUGCAAAGUGGUUUAAACGUGAAACUGAAGUCAAAGAGGCACGAAUUUCACGGAAAUAGCUGUAAUGUUUGUCAUAUAUUUAGACAGUGAGAAGAAAAUAUUUUUAAGGGAAUUAACUUGUACUUUUUGAUCAUUAAUCAGAUGGACGGUUCUCUCUCAACAGGACUUGUACCUUCCAUCGGUGUUUUUUUGUUGUGUGGUGUUCUUGUCCAUCUGUUGUGCCGUGCAGCACUGGUUAUAUCACUUAUCUUUCCGUUUUUCAACUUCUACAGAUGACGUUAAAGGUGAGUCGUUGACAUUAGACUGA